AUGGUCAGGGAUACGGGCGUAAUGCAGUCAGAAGAGGUGCCCGUGGUGUUGAGAGAGGAGAGCGCGUGGGUUGGGGAUGGCGAGCGGAUGCGAGAAAAAACAGCGGGGAAUUCUUUACCAGGUCGGGAGGAGGCUGCUGUUACCACCGCUGCCUCUGCUGCUGCUUCUGUAGCGCUUGAUGCUGGAGCUCAAACGGAACAAGAGGGGCGAGGCAAUGCAAGUGACUGCGAGGAGGGUGACUGCGAGAAGGGUGACUGCGAGGGGGGUGACUGUGAGGAGAGUGACUGCGAGGGGGGUGAGAAGGAAAUCAGCCAUAAUACUGCCGCUUCCUUGCAUCACGAAGUCCGCGGUAAGAGGCGAAGAUGGCGAGUGGAAGGAGUGGACGGUGAGAGCGGCACAGGGGAAGGCGGCACAGGGGAAGGCGGCACUGCAAUCACGUACAGCCUUCAUCAGAACCGCUUUGUAGCAGCACCGGGGCUAGCACCAUCCACAUCAGCACCAUCCGCAUCAGCACCAUCCGCAACAUCCCGUUACUCCUCCACAGCAACAUCUCCCCCUGCAAUUCAAUACCCAUUCUCCUCAGCGCAACACCCUCGCCCAACCCAGCAACCUCAGGCGCCACUACAACUCCUGCUGCAAAAAAGUCAACGACCACGCAGUUGCCCACACCUUCCCCUGUCUUCCCCCGCCCUCUCUCCUGCCCUUUCCCCCGCCCUUUCCCCCGCCCUUUCCCGUGCCCUUUCCCCUGCGCUUUCACCUGCCCUCUCCCCCACGCCUGCGCCUCCCCCCUCUCCUUCUGGCUCGCUCCCUGCAGCGCCUCUGGACUUCCUCUGCCCGGACAAGCUCCGCCAACCCCGUCUCUCCGCCUUCCUCCCCGCUCCCAUUCCUCCUCCCUUUCCUCUGUCCUUUCCUCCUCGUUCCUCCAAGCAAGGGGAUCCCAUCCCAGAUGCAAGAUGCGGACUUUCCCUACCAAGUGCCCAGCCUGCUGCUGCAGUGGUCCCUCCUGCUGCAACCCCUGCUGCAACAUCUGCUGCUACAGGGUGUGGUGGCUAUGGGGAGGGGAUUGCAGGGCGGGAGAAAGUCCGUGUGACUGUUCUGCAGCCAGGCAUGGUGCUGCUGCGGGGGCGGCUGUCAGUGCAGCAGCAGCAGCGGUUUGUGCAGGCAGCGCAGGAGACAAAAGACCUUUUCCGCAGACCAGUCACUGCAGGGGGAGGCAGAUACCACCUGUAUUCGGUAAGGGAGCGGGCGAGGCAGAUACCACCUGUAUUCGACCUGUUGGGGUGCGGCGUGGAGCAGCACACUCAACCGUUUUGCCACUGCAGCAUGGGCCCCGCCCAUCCCCCCGUGACCUUGCCCAUCACCUCGCUCGGUGCCUCGCCCAUCACCUCGCCCAAAGGCUCACCUGUUGGGGUGCCGCGUGGAGCAGCACGCUCAACCGCUACGCCGCUGCUGCAUGGGCCCCGCCCAUCCCCCCUGACCUUGCUCACCUCGCGGGGAGCCUCGCUCUCGAAGCACACUCACACAGCCCAGUGUUCUGGGAUGGUGGGGGAGGAGGAGGGGGAAGAGGAGUGGGGGGAGGAGAGGAGGGAGGAGUGGAAAGAGGGAGAGGAGGAGGAGGAGGAGGAGGAGGAGGAGGAGGAGGAGGAGGAGGAGGAGGAGGAGGAGGAAGAGGAGGAGGAGGAGGAGGAGGAGGAGGAGGAGGAGGAGGAGGAGGAGGAGGAGGAGGAGGAGGAGGAGGAGGAGGAGGAAGGGGAGGUGGAGGAAGAGGAGGAGGAGGGGGAGGUGGAGGAAGAGGAGGAGGGGUUGGUGAGCGUGAGUGUGGGCGACACCAUGCAGUUCUUCUUUCGGCCACUCCCUCCUCUGCACCGCCGUCGGUCCGGCAUUGCAGUGAAGAUUGAUGACCCGGUGGCUGCUGCGCGCUCUGCGCUCGGCGAUGCUGCGCAUAACAGGGAGCGAAUUGUGUCUCUAUCUAGUGGAGACGUGCUGGUGUUUGGAGCUGCUUCGCGCCUUGUGUAUCACGGAACCAGAGAUCUCGUCCCAGGAACCAGACCACCAAACCUUGUCAUGACUCCAGGCCGGCUCAACUUCACCUUUAGGGUGCAGGACAAGGGAGAGGUUGGUGGGACGGGCCAGCGUAGUAAGGGAUAG